AUGUCAGAGAAACCACUUACAUUGCCUCCGACAGGAAGAGCAACAUCCAACAAUCCAAUACCGCCUCAACCAGAGCCACAACCAGAAGGAUUCGAAUUAGUACCAGCUCCUGGUCAUUAUAGUAAUGAUCAAUCUACUCCGAUUGAAGAUGUUAGAAUUAUAGAUAAACAAUCGCUUGAAUAUGUAGUUAUAUCAGGAGUAGCAGGAGGGAUGGCAGGAAGUGCUGCCAAAACAUUAGUUGCACCUUUAGAUAGAAUUAAGAUUUUAUUUCAAACUUCAAAUCCCGAAUUUUUAAAAUAUCGAGGAACAACAAGAGGAUUAAUAUUAGCUGGGAAACAUAUUUGGCAUACUGACAGAUUUGCUGGAUUAUAUCAGGGGCAUUCAGUUACUUUGUUGCGUAUUUUCCCUUAUGCUGCUAUUAAAUUUGUUGCCUAUGAACAAAUUAGAUCAUUUUUAAUUCCUAAUGAUUCUUAUGAGACUGCACCUAGACGAUUUAUGGCUGGUUCUUUAUCUGGGUUAGCAUCGGUAUUCUGUACUUAUCCUUUAGAUCUUGUUAGAGUUAGAUUAGCAUUUGAAACUAGAAGUUUGACCCAUACCAAAGUACAUCCUGGUCAUGAACAGUUUAUGAAACAUCGUAAGGGGAGAUUAGCAUCUACUAUAAGUUUAAUCUUUAAUGAAAAUCCUCCCCCUAGAAGAAGUGAUCCUUCUUGGUUGAAAUAUAUGAGAGAAACUUUCCCCCCUCGAAUACAAAGAAUAAGUAAUUUUUAUCGUGGAUUUGCUCCUACAAUUAUGGGAAUGAUUCCUUAUGCUGGGGUAUCUUUCUAUACUCAUGAUUUAUUACAUGAUGUAUUACGAUCGAAAUUAUUGGCUCCAUAUACAGUUCAACCUAAAACAUUUAAAAAAGUAAUGGUUCUAAAUAAAAAUAGACAACCAGGGAAAAAAUCAUCAAGAGAUACAAGAGCUCCCUUGAAAGCAUAUGCACAAUUGAUAGCUGGGGGACUUGCCGGGAUGUGUUCACAAACGGCGGCAUAUCCAUUUGAAGUUGUAAGAAGAAGAAUGCAAGUUGGAGGAGCGGUCAAUCAAGGUCAAUUCCUUUCAUUUAGUCAAACGGCAAAAUUGAUUUGGAAAGAAGGUGGAACAAGAGGAUUCUUUAUUGGGUUGAGUAUUGGAUAUAUGAAAGUUAUUCCUAUGGUUUCAUGUUCAUUCUUUGUUUAUGAAAGAGCAAAGAAAUUAUUGAGCAUCUAG